UUUUGUAUGCGUAUAUAUAAAACGCACCAAUGCUUGUAAAACCCUGCGAGCGCGGCUGUUAUCAUGACACGUCUACUCAUUGGACUGCUUUUCCUUUUUUGGAUUUCAGUGUACGAAGUGUAUGGAGGGAGUACCUGUACGAUAGAUAAUGACUACUCAUCGUCAACCUACACCAAGUAUUGUGAAUAUGGUUGCUGUGGUAAUUAUUAUGACGACAACAGAGAUUGUUGUGACGCACCCUCUGACUCGGAAUCGCAUGCGGGUAUCUACAUAGGGGGAGGAGUUGGUGGAGUCUUUUCGUUUUUGUUUAGUUGCUGCUGCAUUUAUUAUUGUUGCUGCAGGCAUAGUGACAAUAUAAUUCACGUUAUUUAACACCAAUAAAACAGAUAACAGAUUUGCAGACAAAGAUUCUUCUCCAUUAACAUAAGAAACAUUUCAUUAGGACGCUUGAUUGUACCAGAUUAAGAAAUAGUAUAUUUUCCGAAAUUAAUCUAGUAAUCAUUAUUCUGUUUGUACAAUUAAGAGUUCUAAAAGAUUACACAGAAAACAAUGUGUUUUAAUCUUAUUUGAUGCUGCAUGUAGGACUUAUGCAAUUUGUUAAACCUUGAAGCGCAAUUAUCUUUUUGAAUGACAGUUUUCAUGAGUUUAUAUGUUUAUUUCUUCGUGAAUAAUUUCAUCUACAUAUAAUUUGAAAGGAUAAUUUAUUUUCUAGUAUUUGUUUUUGUAGAUAAAUUAAUAAAGUGAAUAUACGAUUGUUGAA